GCACAAUGAUUCCAGAUCAACCAACUACGAGCCCAUUCCCAGCUACUUUAGAUGCGAUUGUCUGUAGGCUACCGGAAAAACUUUGCAAGCCAAAAAUUGGUAUCAUCUGUGGGUCUGGAUUGGGUGGCCUUGUAGACGCUCUUCGAGAGACUAUCUUGAUACCGUAUGCUGCCAUUCCUGGGUUCGCACAAAGCAGCGUCCCUGGACAUAAAAGUUCGUUGGCGUUCGGAUUAAUUGGCGCAGGGGAAGGUGUGCCAGUUGUUGCUAUGCUUGGCAGAUUUCAUCCCUAUGAGGGUCAUGAAUUGUCAACUGUCGUUUAUCCUGUCCAGGUCAUGGCGAAACUUGGGGUCACUGAUCUUAUUGUGACUAAUGCAUCUGGUGCCCUCAAUCCCAAUCUUUCUGUCGGGACGAUCGUCGUUAUCCAUGACCAUCUGGCGUUGCCAAACCUUACAGGAAUGAAUCCUCUUCUCGGCCCUCUGAUAUCUCCAGAACUUCCCCGCUUCUUGGCGGUGUCUGAUGCGUAUUCAACAUCUCUUCGACGCCUUCUCUUCCUCGCUUCACAUCAACUCUCUCUCGAAACGGACGCGCUUGCAGAAGGGGUAUACGCGUGGGUCAGUGGGCCUACUUACGAGAGUCCCGCAGAAGGAAGAUUCCUUCGGAACGCUGGCGCUGACGUAGUUGGAAUGAGCACCGUUCCAGAAGUUGUAGCUGCCAGACAGGAAGGCUUAAAUGUCCUGGCAUUAAGUCUGGUCACCAAUGCCGUUGUCAUUCCGGACAAAUACAGAAGUGUCAAGGAGGAAGUAAUGGCUGAGCUCAUGGGGAAGUCGGUUGAACUUGCUGUACCUGAAGUCGUAUCACAUGAAGAGGUGUUGGCAGUUGGUCAAGAGAAGGGCAACGUGAUGCGCAAGCUUGUAGAGCGAGUCAUCGAAAUGCUUUCGCGCAAUUAGAUGUAGUCACAAAGAAGCAUAGGAUUAGAAGGUACUGGUAGAUAAUGUAGAUGUUUCUCUAAACAAUUUUUUUGUACAGG